UCCCCCAAACGUCUCUCACAUUAUUAUUACUGCUAUUAUUUCAAAAGAUAAGCACACUUUCUCUCUUACAAACCAUUUCAAGCACCAAAACAAAAAUCCCUCUCUCUCUCUCCCCCUCUCUGUACUGAAGAAUAAGAGAAGAACAAGUUCAUGGAAAUAGCGAAGCCAAAGAUGGGGUUUGAGGAGACUGAAUUAAGGCUAGGGCUGCCAGGAAAAGUUAAUACUGAAGGAGGAGAAAUGGCAAGGAAGAGAGGCUUCUCUGAGACGGUUGAUCUGAAGCUCAAUCUUUCGUCCAAGGACUCCGCGGCGUCCGGGGAGGAUCUGAAUGAGAAGGCAAAGAAUGUUGUGGAGAAGAACCUUCUCUCUGCAGCUGAUCCAGCUAAGCCUCCAGCUAAGGCACAGGUUGUGGGUUGGCCACCAGUGCGUUCAUUCCGAAAGAACCUGAUGGCCGUCCAAAAGAGCACCGGAGAUCAUAAGGAGAAGACCGAGAAGGUCACAGGAGCGACUUUCGUGAAGGUAAGCAUGGACGGUGCACCAUAUCUUCGCAAGGUGGACUUGAAGAUGUACAAGAGUUAUGAACAACUCUCUGAUGCCUUAGGAAAUAUGUUCAGUUCCUUCAGUACUAUAGGUAAUUGUGGACCACAUGGAAUGAAGGAUUUCAUGAAUGAGAGCAAGCUGAUGGAUCUCCUCAAUGGCUCUGAUUAUGUACCAACUUAUGAAGACAAAGAUGGUGAUUGGAUGCUUGUUGGAGAUGUUCCAUGGGAGAUGUUUGUUGAAUCAUGCAAGCGUCUCCGAAUUAUGAAAGGAAAGGAAGCAAUUGGACUUGCUCCAAGAGCUAUGGAGAAGUGCAAGAACAGAAGCUAGGGCAAUGAACAGCAAGACCUGCAGCUUCUUUCAUGUGCGAUACAGUAUAUGCAUAUGUAUUGAUCAGGGUGUUUGUGUAUUAUGUUUUUAUGAUAUGUGUCACAUUGUGAGAUACUUGGUAAUUAUUACCAUAUGAGAACAGUAAAACAGUUAAUAACUCUUUCAUAUAAGUUCCAAUACUUGGUCAAUAUGUCUUGCUUUGUUUAGUAGUUGCCAAUGGCUUGUCUCUAACAAUUGUAAUAAUCAAAGUUGUGUUUUUCUUCUAAUUAUUUCUUCAUCGGA